AUGCCGCUGAUCUUCUGUCCCAAUUGCAGCAAUGCGCUGACAUUCGCUCGGUCGCCGUCCACGAAUGCCCACCCGACGGGCAUCAACCGAUUCGAAUGCCGCACGUGCCCGUAUGUCUUCGAGGUGGUGAAGAAGUACAGUGAGGAAACUGGAAUGAAAGAAAAGGAAGUGGAGGAGGUCUUCGGUGGAGAAGACGAGUGGAAGAAUGCCGAUAGCUGCGAAACUCAAUGCCCAGCCGAAGGCUGCAAUGGAGAGCGGGCCUACUUCUAUCAGGUGCAGAUUCGCAGCGCGGAUGAACCGAUGACUACAUUCUUGCGGUGCACGACGUGCGGCAAGCGGUGGAGAGAAAACUGA